AUGGCAACACCAACUUCAACACCAUCUUUCGUGUCUCAAGAACUCACAAACAUACUUUCAGAAUAUGAAUAUGGUGUUAAACCUAAUUCUAUAAAAAUCUCUCAAGCAACCAAAUCGACGGGAGAGAAUUCAAAAUUUCAACUUUGUUUGCUUGAAAACAUUCAAUUAACUAUCAGCGUCACAGAUAUUGGCCCAUAUCCUACUGCUAAUGAGGUCAACAAUAUAGAUUUAGAAACUGUCAGCAAAUGGAUUAAUCACCCUUUUGAAACGAUGGAAGCAUUAUUGUUAACCACGAGUCCUAAAUUCGGUGAAAUUUUUCAUCAAACUUUGUUUAAUAAAUUAUUAGAUUUACAAUCUCACCAACAAGAU